AUGUAUACUCGUCGUAAUGGUUCCAGAUUAAAAUUGAAUGAGACAUCAAAGAACUUUUUGAUUAAAGUAAUCUAUUUCAAAAAUAAAUUAAUAGAGAACUUGCUCAACAAAUAAAUCCUCUAUUUCUAGUUUAAAUACUAGUAAUUCUUCUAAAUUCUUUGUAAAAAAUAGUUUUUUUUAUUUUUUAAGUAAUUUGAAGAUAAGACUUAUCCAGAAGAUGGAAAACUAUUAGAUUUAUUAUCAGAAAAUGAAAGUUAAUAGAAAUCUUAAAUAUAUCAUCUCUAAAUGAGUUCUUUUCAAAUUCAUAAUGAAGAAUCUGUUUAACAAAGAUGUAUAUCUUAUAAAUCUUAUAAUUAUAGAUGCUUUAUCAGAUGAUGUGAACAAUCCAUAAUUAAGAAGAAAUAUCACUUAUAAUUGGCAUUAUCAUAAUGACCAUUAAUAAUAUCUAUGUUAGGAUACAAUAUCUUUUAGUUUCUCAAUUAAAAAACAUGGAAUCAAAGAAAUGUUGAGAGCCAAGAUGGUAGAUUGGAUAAUUGAAGUAUUUGGAAACUAUCCUACUACUACAACAACAUAAACCUACUUUAGAGCUGUUGGUUUAUUAGAUGCUUUUCUGAAGAAAACAUCUAUAUAUUAUUAAGAUGCAGAUGUACAUCUAAUGGGUAUCAGUUGUAUUUUUAUUGCAACUAAACUUGAAGAUAUAUAUCAUAUUCCAUUAAAUGAUAUUGUAAUUAGAGUAGGACAUAAUAAAUUUAAUAGUUCUAAAAUUAAAUCUAUGGAAUAAACUAUUUUAGAGACAUUAUCAUUUAAUGUCUAUUUUCCUACUCCUUUAGAUUAUUUAUAAAAUCUAUUUUAUAAAUGUUUCAGUCUAAAUGAUAAGUAAUAAAUUAACUUAAUCUAAAUAGUUAUACAUUAUAAAAUAUCUAUGAAACAUGUGUAUAUAUUUUGAAAAUGUGUAUGCAUGAUCUAAAUAUGCUCAAUUUUACACCAAAUCUUUUAUCAGCAGCUAUUGUAGGAUAUGCAGUAAGAGAGUAUAUUGACACAAAAUAAGAAAAUAAAAAGGCUGAUAAUUUAAAACUUAAUAAAUAAUCUGUAAAUAUAUUAAAUAGUCUUAGUAAGAUUCUAUAGUAAAGAUUGCUAAAAUAGAUUUUAAUACAUUUAAUGAAUGCUAGAAAUAGAUUAGUGAUUUGAUAAAUACUUUUAAAUGCAAAUAUCCAGAUCUCCAUAAUUUAGAGUUAUUUUCUUGA